AAUAAUAUUGUAAAAUUAGUUUAUUUAUGAUCCAGUACAAUUUAUGGAGAAAAUUUCUAGGAAAUUUUUCUUGCAAAUUAUUGUUCCUCAGAAUCGAUCAGUGUUUCUCUAAAACUUUAACAACUGUUGCUACACAAAUCAAAAUGCAAACCGACCUUGGAUCAAAAAUUUUCUGCAUUGAGACAGAAAAGGGACCUCUUUAUAUGAAAACAUCAAAUAAGGAGAAUGUGGAUAAGAUUGGCAUUACUGAUAAUACAGAAUUGCAAACAUUGCUAAAGGAUAAAUCCAUGUUCUAUUUGUCUGGAUUUCUAACCGAUAAUUCUUUUGCAAGAAAUAUAAAUAGGCAUGAACAAUUAAAAAAGAGUAUUCAAACUCGUAUUACUGAUAAAAAUCAAGUAUACCAAGGUAUCAGUUUGAACAAUGAAAAAGAUUUUGAACGUGGGUUUUUUGUGCUGUAUGACUCACUUGAUAAAGGGUGUGUUGAGAAGCAAAUUUCUGAUUUGGUAUCGCGAAGUGGUGCUCUGGGAAGCGGAGAAGUCUUAAGAAUUUUUCCAAGCGGAAAUGACGGCAUAAUUUAUGUUAAAUUACUCAGUCAUCAUUCUGAAGGCGGUAGUAAUAUAACCUUAAAUGGGUUUCAAUUAAUUGCUUCAUCUCCAGUAAAGGUCCAUCCAGCUUUUAUGUUCACUGAUACAAAUUCAGUAUAUCAUGAUAUUCAGCGAUGUUAUGACGUUUUGAAUGAAUUUGAUUCUUUCAAUGAAAUCAUGGAGUUGAAGGCAAUAUGUGACAAAUAUAUCAAAAAAAAUGAAAACUGGAUGAAAAAUCUCCCAUUAAAAGCUAAAAACCCUGUGAUUGUCAUUGAAGGCCUUGAUGCUACUGGCAAAACAACACUAACACAAAACCUAGGUGAAAAGCUUGGUGCAACAGUUCUAAAAUCGCCACCAGAAUGCAUCUGCCAUCUGCGGCCAAAGUUUGAUUCUCAUCCUCAACUUCUUCGGAGAGCAUUUUAUAGCCUUGGCAAUUACGCAUUUGCUGCAAUGAUUGAAGAAGCUGCUAAUGAUGGAAUUGUUAUUGCAGAUCGAUUUUGGAACAGCACUGCAGCCUAUGCUAUUGCUACUGAUGUUGGGGUAGGUGGUAUAGAAAGUCUACCACCCGAAGGCCACUGGGUUUAUUCAUGGCCUUCGGAUCUUUUAAAACCUGAUGCUGUAUUCCUACUCACGAUAAAUGAUGAGGAACGAAGAAAUAGACUUUUGAAACGUGGCACAAUAAAAACAGAUGAAGAACUUCGUCUUGAGAGGUCCUCACCAUUCCGGCUACGAUUAGAGGAAUCUUACAACCGUAUGGAGAAUCCUAAAAUGCAAAAGAUUGAUGCAAGUGGGACGAAAUAUGAUGUUCUCAAUAAUUGUCUAGAAGUGUUGAAAGCGGGCCAGUUCAUCUGAAAAUAAUAUUUAUCUAAAAGUGCAUGCUUUUACCUUCUACUGUGAACUUUAAAUUACUAGUAAUGAACUAACUGUAUUGUGUUGAUGUAAUCAAGUGUCAGAUUCAACUAUUUAAGUGGUGUCAUUUCUCAGAGACGUAUACUACCUUACUAAACAUUCCAGUGACUCUCAUAUUAAUGUUAUCAUUUUUUAGA